AUGUCGGUCGAGGGAGAGAGCCACAAGCAGUACAAAGGGAUUAGGAUGAGGAAGUGGGGGAAAUGGGUGGCAGAGAUUAGGGAACCCAAUAAGCGGUCACGGAUUUGGCUCGGCUCUUAUUCAACUCCAAUAGCGGCGGCUAGGGCCUACGACACGAUGGUUUUCUACCUCAGGGGGCCGACCGUGAAGCUGAACUUCCCCGAGAUUUUGGCGGGAGAGGAGCGGGUCACCGCCGCUGCAGGAGGCGGCGACUUGUCGGCGGCUACGAUUCGGAAGAAAGCAAUGGAGGUCGGGGCAAGAGUCGACGCUCUCGAGACGUCGAUGGAUCACCACCGCCGCCAUCACAACCACCUCGGGCACCAACUGAAUCGAGGCAAAGAGAGUAUCGUCAAAUCGGAAAUCGAUACGGCGGAGCGAAAGUCGUUCAUGGAGCGGGUUGACUUGAACAAGCUGCCCGACCCAGAAGAUUCCGAUGUUGAGUGGGAUAGGGUUUAA